CUCCGUGUGGCCGCACCGACACUUCACACUCACCUGUACCUGAAAUGAACACCUGUUGCCUGGGGCUUUUCACCGGGAGAGGCGCUCCUAUUUCAGCAGCUCCACAAAGGAACUAGGCCCAGAGUUGUUUCAAUUCCUCUGGACUCCACACACACACAUACAUACACACACACAGACAGACACACACACGAGGAGGAAGAGGAGGAUGCGCUAAGAAGAGACCGAGCUCUGGAUUUUAAAACAUCCAGGAACUGACUGUGCUACAGAUUGAACAUGCUGCAGGUUGCAUGAGCGGCUGAUAUGGAGCCAGCGGGAUCCUACAUGCAGACUUUUAUGGUGGUGGCAGCUUUCUGCCUCUUUUCAGGGAGCGUUGAAGGUGCGAGGCCGGAAGUGCGAGGAAAGGCUGGAGGCGAUGUGGAGCUCGGGUGCAGCUUUCCUCCAUCAUUCCCGAUCGCUGUGUCCUCUGCGUCCCUGCAUGUGGUGGAGUGGGUUCGACAGGGACUCGACAUCCCCGUCCUCAUCAAAUUUGGAUCCUACGUGCCUCGGGUCCAUCCGCAGUAUGAGGGGCGGGUGUCGCUGGUCCGUGUCACGUCCAUGAGGCUGGAGGACCUGAGGCUGGAGGACCAGGGUUCAUACGAGUGUCGGAUCCUCUUACUGGAUAAACCCACGGAUGAGCUGCGAAACGGCACCUGGACCCGGCUCUCUGUGACCGCCCCACCCACCUUCACCAAAGCCCCGCCCCCGGCAAUGGAGGCUCUGGUCGGAGGUCGCCUCUCUCUUCCCUGUGUUGCCAGUGGGAACCCCCCUCCCACCAUCACCUGGCUGAAAGAUGGCAGUGUUAUUGAGCGAAUUAAUUAUCAGGACGGAGCCUUAUCUCUCGGAGCAGUGAGCGUGCAGUCAGUGGGUCGGUACACCUGCCACGCCUCCAACUCUGAGGGAAACAGGACCCGGGUGACUGAAGUGAAGGUCAAAGGUCCCCCCGUCAUUGUCGUUCCUCCCAGAAGCGCGUCUCUCAACAUGUCCCAGAAUGCACUUCUGCGCUGCCAGGCGGUGGCCGACCCCCCCAACAUGACCUACGUGUGGCAGAGAGGAGGAGAAAACGUCCAUCACAUCGAGUCGUUGAAGACGCGAGUGAAGAUCAUGGUGGACGGAACCCUGCUCAUCUCCAGGCUCGUCCCCGAGGAUUCUGGGAACUACACCUGCAUGCCGAGCAACGGCCUGCUGACCCCGCCCACGGCCUCCGCCAACCUCACCGUGAUGCACCCGGCCCUGGCUCUUCCAAUGCCUGAGGAAACCUACCUUCCCACCGGUAUGGAUGGCGUGGUCACCUGCCCGGCGGCGGCUCAGCCUCCGCUGCUCCGCGUGGAUUGGACAAAGGACGGAGAACCACUCGAUCUGUCCUUGUAUCCAGGUUGGACCUUGACGCCGCUGGGCUCCUUGUUCAUGGCCACAGUCAAUGACGACGCGGCCGGCGUGUACACGUGCACUCCGACCAACAGCUACGGCAGCAUGGGUUCAUCUGGGCCGACCAAUGUCAUUCUGCAGGACCCUCCAUCAUUCAGCGUGGCUCCGGAGAAGCAGUACCGACAGGAGGCCGGCCGGACCCUGCUCGUCCCCUGUCAGGGAAACCAGGACCCAACAACCAGAGUGACCUGGAGCAAGGUGGACCUGACUCGCAGCAUCGCUUACGCCAUCGAGCCCAACGGUUCCCUCCUGCUGCAGCCGCUCACCAAGGACCACCAGGGGGCGUGGGAGUGCAGUGUCACUAACCGCGUGGCCUCGGUGAAGGCCAGCACACACGUCUUUGUCCUCGGCACGAGUCCCCAUCCGGCUACCUCUCUGUCCGUCUCUCCCGGGGUGAGGCAGGCCAACGUGUCCUGGGAGGCCGGCUUUGAUGGAGGAUCCGCGCAGACAUUUGCAGUUUGGGUGAAGAAGAUUUCAGCGGGCGGUGAUAAUGGUGAUGAGAAGCAGGCGUGGUUCUCCGUGCCCGUGGCCCCGUCCUCCGGCGCCAGGCUGCAGGUGACGGGACUGUCCGCCGCCACCGAUUACCAGUUCAGCAUCCUGUCGCAGAACAAAAUGGGCACGGGGCCCUUCAGCGAGUUCGCCACCGCGCGGACUUUAGAUCCUCUGCCGAGGAGAAGCAAACUAAAACCUCCCGUGUCGCUGUCAGCUGAUCAGGGGCCAGCAGGUGUCGUCCUGCAGUGGGCCCUUCCUGAAGAGCAGCGCCCCCCCAUCACGGGUUUUGUUCUCCAGUCCCGUGCCCAGCAAGAGGACUGGUUUAAUCUGGUGGAGGACAUCGCUGCCAACAGUAGCAAGAUAGUGGUUCCGGAUCUGCACAAGGAUGGUGUGUACGAGCUGCGGCUGCUAUCUCGUCGCGGGGAGUUGCUGAGCGAGCCCAGUCCAUCAGUCAAUGUCUCCACCAUGGCGAUUGAGAUCUACCCCGGCACAUCCCCGCUCCUGGAGUUCGUCCCGGAGCCAUUACUGGCCGGCGUGCUGGGCGGGGUCGGCUUCAUGUGCUUGGCACUGGUCUUGCUGCUGGGGGCCGCCUGUGUCAUCAGCCACAGGAGGAACCAGCGCCGCAGAAAGAAGAAGGAUGAACCCCCUCCAGCCAUCUAUAAACGCUCCCCAUCCAUAAAGACUCCAGGCACCGGUAGUCCAGACAGUGUGCUGAAGAAAAGCCUUCUUCCAGCCAGCAGCCUCUAUCCCACCACUUCCUCCUCCACCACCACUGCCACCUUCUCCUCCUCCUCCUCCUCGCAGACAGACUGUUUCUCCUCCGGCGCUGAGAAUCCUAAUCGGCGGAAGCAUCUCCCGUCAUACCCCAGCAGGGGCCGUCUCACCAGGACAACUUCCUCCCCCAUUUCUCCCCCGAUUGAGUUGAUCUCCAGGGGUCCAGACGGGCGCUUCACACCUUAUGACCCUGACACAUUAAGUGUUCACAGCAGGAAAAGUUUAAGGUAUCAGCAGGGCAGCAGAGUCCGAAGGUCUGUGUCGCUGCACUCCGGAGGGGAAGACAGGAAAGAACGACCUUUUGUGCUUUCUGUUGAUCUCCCUCCUCUCAAACCAGCGGAGGCCACCUCCACAAGCCAAGUCUGUGGCAUGGUCCGGCACCUGCCCCAUCCUUACAUCUGGAAUCAGAAGGCAAGCUGCGACGGCUUUCCCGACAUGAGCAGCCUAUGCUCCAACACCAGUUUGACCACCAUUCCUCACCAAGGCCGAGGAGUAACUCCCACGUUCCCUGUGCUCCCACAUAUCCGAUCCGGCCUGGGUCAGCCGUCCACAACAGCCAGCGCCCUGGUGCUGCAGAUGGAGCACGAGCGGGAGCGAGGGAACCUGAGUCGCUGCCUGAAACUGGCUCAGGAGAGGGAGGAGCUGGAGAGGGAGCUGCAGAGUUACACGCUAGACAGAGGCUCGAUGAGGGAGAUGAAGAGGGAGCAGACGGACUGGGAGAGAGGAGAGGCUGGCGAUGAGGAGUUUGUCUGGAAGUGUAAGAGCAGCACGUUGCCACACAGAUACCCUCAGGGAAGCAGGAAGAGCUGUGGUUUAUCCGUUAGCCCUUUAUCUUUAUCCUCUGCCCACUGGGAAGGCCGUCCACUUGUCUCUCCUCCGCUCGGCGCAUCUUCACCUGCGAUUGCCUCUUGUUUUAAGUCUGGCAACCACCAAUUCACUCCAUCAUUCACCAGUCAGACCCCACUCCAGUGUGCGGAGGCAGGCAGUUUUUCCAGAGACACAUUAACUGUCCCACAUCUCCCCGCAAAGCGCCAGAGACAUGAAAGAGCAGAGGCAGCACCUCGGGGCUCUGAUCAUUCACCACAAUCCACAGUCUUAGAAAUGCAAACAAAUGGUUCACGCUCUGAGGCACAGAGACAGAACAGCCUCAGUCAUGGCAGCCUCUCAAUGUCGUCUUUCUGUAGAAGUGAAUACCCAGAAAACUCAUAUUCGCCUAUCGAUGCAGUUUCUGUAGAAGCAGAGGCCUCGUUCCACAGGCCCACAGCUGGUGAUGCAUGUGCUGAGAUGAGCGUGGAUGAGCCAGAGCUGGACGUAUGUGUAACGCGGCCGAUGCUGCACCACAGAAUCGCCUCUCAUGUGCAACACGGGCGUUCGCUGACUCAGAGAGGCCGGUAUGAAGACGCGAGGAGGAGCAUCAGCUUCAACUGCCGCACUCCUACCUGUGUGGACCCGAUUCUAAGUUCUCCACAACGUCCAGAAGCACAACUCUGCAGAUCUGGGACCAGGGGAUCCAAAGUCUGGGACUCGAAGCGGCGAAGUCGUAGCCUGGACUCAAGGAGACGGAAAGAACCCAAUUUCCCAACCCCUGAUGUGUGGAUAGAGUCACUGAGCCAAGAGAACUGUUCUGUGGCAUCCUCGUGUCAUGAAGACACUCUAUUCUGGGAACCACAGAGCUUUCCUACCAAAAAGUCUCCUGUAAAUUCUCCUUCUGCUACCCAAGAUGCCUCCUGUUCACCUCCUGCCGUCCACACUUUAUCCUUGGGCAGCAGUCCAGAGAACUUUAUUCCAAAUCCUGACGUGCCUCGCCACUAUGAGCCAAAACCUGAGGACCACGUCUUUCCAAAUUCUGCCACAUGGCCAAUCGCUUACCACCAGGAGGCCGUGGACGAUGCAGAGGGUUACUCAGACACCACCAGGGAAGCUUCUAGAUGCCUACCCCCCCACAACAAUGGCCAGGAGGCACUGGAUGUGGAGGCAGGAGGCUACGAGGGAGGGUUGGAGUCCGGGAGCAACUACAGCAGCUACGCCAGCAGCGGCCGAGGCAGCAUGGAGCCGGCUAACGGACGCCUGUCGCUGUGCCACCUGUCCCCAACACUCACCAGCUCACCUGAGACUGUGGAGGAGAGCCAGUUUAACACAGAGGACAAGCACAGUCACCAAAUUGAACACGGCCAAAGGAGAAAGGCCUCCGUUGAUGAGAAUUAUGAGUGGGAUGAGGAUGAUGUCUUCCCAGAGCCUGGAGACGGAGACGGCCUGCUUCUCCCAAUGAUUCUGCUGAAGCCUCCUCCGUGCCGUGGCCUUCCCAGCAUGCCGUGCUCUGCGAGGGAUGUGAGAAAAUACACUCAGCUGUCUUUGCACCCAGGGCAUCAAAGCAGCUGCUCUGCUGAGCCAGAACCAGACACUGUGCUGUUCUGACAGUGGCAGCCUUCGGCUCAUCUCACUGGUGUGUCCUUUCACUCAGCGACUCGCAUCGCGAGGCGACAAAAACUGCAUGUGGCAGAAAGUGAGCUUUUGUCUGUUGGACUGAAUUUUUCUUCUUCGAUCCAAGGGAGGAAAAGCAGAAUGUUUUUUUUUUUUGUUGAGGGAUUGGUCUUCUGCUUCGUCUCCUUACCAAGCUUCACUCCUCAAUCAUCUUUAACAUGUACAGGUCUGAGUUCGAGCUUCAGCUCUUCAGAGACAGUUUGCCCAACUGCCUGUAUCACAGAGUUUGUGUGUGCUGAUGGAUUCCCUCUGUUCUCCGGUGAAGUCUGAUGUGCAUUCAUCAUCCGGGGGAUGAAUCUGCACAAACACAAGGGGACAAAACGGCCUCAGGCAUCAUCAAGUCGCUGAUUUAAGCUGUGGAUGAUUUAGACGUCAGAGAUGAUUAAUCACCUCUGAGUCUAACAAAAGAGGUGUUUAUGAAAUGCCAAUAACUAAGGAAGACAAAUAUCACAGAGAAAAGGUUAUUCUGCUGCACUGUCCCUCAAACUUUUAGCUCGUUUGACCUUAAAAUACUUUUUAAUCUGAACAUCAGGGUGUUUUCUCUUCAGACCUCUAAUAAUUUCCAUAAUUGAAGAGGGUCGAGUUACCUCGUUGGGUUUGUCCUUGUUUAUUUUACUCACGGACAUGAAGGGAAAUUAGUUUUUAUUCCGUGUGCUGCCUGUAAUUUACCAAGGGUCAGCUGACGGGCUGAUUAGUGCGUUUCUCUCCCAGCAGCACCUGCUCUGUGCUCGCACCGCUACUCACACUUGGCAGACAACAGUCGUGCUCAUAAGUGGUACAUGUUAUGUGGGCUUAAUGCCUCCCGUGCCGCCCCCGGGGUCAUAAAUCAACUUUCUUGUUUGUUGACUUAAUGAGGAAAUGGUGAAUUACAGCGGUGGGAGCGAGUGCUCAGUCACAUCAGUAUUUAAAACAGCAUUCAGACCAGAAUCUCUUCAUUUCUGUAGAAUCCCUGUGAUGGAUUCAGUCAUGGAAGCAGCAUAUAUAUGUGUGGAGCUUCAUGAUGUGUUUAUAUUAAAUGAUGGUUCAUUCAUACACCAGGUUCCAUAAUCAGAGUUGAUUAAACACAGACGAGGGUUAAACACAGACUUUUGUUUAUGAAAACCGGAUGAUAUCUGACCGGCUGCUAAUUCAAAUGGAAGUGAAUGAAGAGACAAAUGCUUCACGUCAACUAAACUGUGUUACUGGAUGUAAUUCAUCACAAAUUCAAUCGUGUCAAUGCAUUGGACUUUUUAAUCAUGCAACUCAUCAAUCAUACAAACGUCCUGACUUCUGCAGACAUCUUUCUAAAUUCUACAUAACCUGUAGCAUUAAAUCACCAUUAUAUGUGUUUAGAUGUAUAUAGACAGAGUCGUCAUUAGAGCCGGGCUUAUCUCACUUCAGCUUCUGUUCUCUUGUUUGUACUCGAGGCUUCUAGCACCGACUAUGUGACUGUUAAGCAGACAUGGAUUUUGCUGUGUUACUUUCUGGUGUGAGUGGGCACUCGUGUGUAUGUAUGUGUGUGUGUGUGUGUGUGUGUGUGAAGAGUUGUAUUUGUUGUUAUGAGGCUUUCGAGUAGAACGCAACUCACUGCAUCAUGUGAUUGUUAGUGACUUCAGAAAGUUUCCGCACCACCUCACCCUUUUGGUUCCUAUUCUUUUAUCGUCGAUUUAAUUUAAACGGAUUAAACCGUCUGUAUUUUGGCAACAAUCCAGAUUAAAUGAGCCCUAAUGACGAGGUGGAAACGUGUGUUUUAGGAAUUUGGCUGGAGCCUGUCACAAAGAGUUGUUCACCAUUUCCAGUUCAGUGGAGCUCCCUUUAGGGCGCAGCAGCCCAAAGUGGAGAAUCCGCUGUUGUAAACAACACUGUUGAUGAGCUGAGAAGUGUCAGCCAGCGCUGCUUCAGAGCACCGGUCCACUGUUCACUCAAAGUUUAUCCACACUGAACGAAUAGUGUGUCCAAAUCGCACCAAAUUAAAUUCUGCACGUCCUUGUGCACUUAACAAUACACAGGCCUGUUCUUGAGAUAUGUUAGCCACAUACAGACGGAUGGAUAGAUGUCUGAGAGCUUUCUGAAUCUGCCACAUGUUGUGAUGUGAUAUUGAAAAGUUUGACACAAUGGAAGUCUUGAUUUUCGCAAAUUCCUUCAUCCCAGUUUUUGAUCAAUCACCUCCGCCCCGACCCUUCUGAGAGGAACCUGCCCUCGCCACCUGCUGCUGCCUUUUCUUCCCAGAACAAUGGAGGAAAAAGGGAAAAAAUGGGUUUUGCUUGCUUGCUCUAGCUCAAGGCCGUCACAUUAGUCAACCAAAUAAUUAACUCAGAAGUCCACACUGUAGCGGGGCAUUGUGGGGUAUCCGUCCUAUAAUUGAAUUCACUCGUUGAGGCUACAUUUACUGCAAAUCGAUGUUUCACUUCUGUGGAACAUUCUCAUUUUCUGGCGUACGCACGCUGUAGCUGGAGUCCACAAAUGAUCAAACCCCACGUGCCGCUCUGGAGAUUUGGAGUCAGCACUACUUUCUUUUGCCCAUGUGUUUGAACCCAUAUCUAAAUAUUGCGCUUCCAGGACAAAGAAAUGCAGUAAAGUGUGAGAAGGUAUUUUCUUUGUCUAGCGGAUGUAAUCCUUUUAAGAGAAAUAAUUCCCUGUAGUCCGUACUUGGGGCUACAACCUUGUAUAACAGAUUUCUUUAGAGAGUUGCGGAAUGUUGCAUGUUGAAGGCUCCCGAGGAUCCAAUCAUGAAAUGUUCCUGCAGAGGCAUUGAUGCUAUAGAAGUGUGGACUCACUGUGGAAUAAUAACCUCUCAAAGGAAACCUGUUCACAAAGAGACGUGGACAAUGGCGACGGCUCGUAAAGCUGAUUUUUAUACUCCUGCCUUUUUCGGUUAUUGUGUAUACUUAGGUGGAUUAGCUUUAAACCAAGCGCACUUUUAUAACGCCCAUUAAGCAGCUGAUGAAUUAUUCACAAAUGCCAAGAAGUGACUAUCGGAGGUGGAAACUAAUCAAAGUCUAAUAAAAGGAAAUGUCACGUUCUAGCCCAGAAGUGGAACCAUAUGUCGGCCGUGUAACCGUAGAGGUGGAGGUGUCAACUCGCCGUGAUUACUCAAAUUAAUGAAUCUCUCCAUCUGCCGCUGUCUCUUAACCACCACUGGGGGGGGGGUUCAGAUCUCAAUGCAUGUUUCAUCGACUGUAAAUAAUGGACGACAAGUCCUCCCUUCCGUCUGUUCAGUGGCAGUCGUGGCAUCAGUCUCAAUUUAUAAUCGUAUUGUUUCUCUUUUAUUUUUUUAAUCUGAGGUUUUGGAACCUGAACGCUGCACCGAACACGCUGUUUGACUUGUUGCUGCACCAGAACAUAUAAAUAAUUGAUGUAGCUAAUCGAACUCCACUGCGACUGCACUGGUUGUUGUGUGCAGGCGCCCCGCUGAUCCUGGAACAGAGCAGAGAUCACAGACCGGAAAAUGUGGGUUUCUUAGCCUUCUUGCUUGUUUUUGUUUUUUUCAUGGAAUGUUUCCCUCUGCCAGACAAUUGGUACGGGUGGAAUUCAACUUACUGGGGGCGGGCAGCGGUGGAGAGGUUAAGUCAGACUUCUUUAUCUGGUGGAAUCACAAACUAAAAUGGCUGUGCAGUUUUUUUAACAUCUAAAUCUGCAUGUGUGUUUAAUCAGGGGGUGACAGGACAUGUGUUAACGGGUUCAAAGUGGGUCUAGAUCCUGAUUGGUCCAAAUUCUGUGACGUCUCAGUUUUGUGAGCUGUGCCCACUUUAAUCCUCUCAAGGAAAUGACCAACGGAACUUUGAAUGAGAUUCAUCUUGUAGGUUUUCAAGGCCUUUCAAAUAAAAAUGUGAACAAUGUGCUUGUUCUAUUUCAGCAACUACGACCGCGUUUCUUUAACUGAGCUUUAAAACCUUUAAAUUUGAAAUGUGCUCAUCGGCAUCAGGGUUUUAUCUGUUCCUGAAAACACAGUGUUGAACAGUUUCACAGUUUGUCAAGCCAACCUCAGCUGCUGUCUCCUCGCUCUGGUCCUUUAACACAGUGUAACAGCCUGAAGAACACAAAGCACGGUGUCAUACGGAUCAGUUCAGCACUGCUGUUCUCUGUUGACACUCGGAUCAACUUCAUUGAUUUAUUAAAACUCUUGUCUUACAUCCGAACCGGCUUCCAAUUAUACUAAUGGCCUCAGUACGUCCACUCCAGACGACCCCCCCCCCCGUGGAAAAUGAUCUGAGGUUGUGUCACAGUCAUCUUUUCCAAUUCCAUUUAUUUAGACCGUUAUAUCACUUUGACAUCACAGAUGUCUGGGGGGGGGGGGGCGGUAAACAAGUAUUUCUCGUCUGUCUCUGAGUUUCUCACGCUGCUGUGUACAAGUGUUGCCGGGUACUUCAACAUUCUGUUUUUCAAAGGCAAACACUUUUAUCAUUCAAACGCCAAAGCAGCCGUUGACAUUGACGUGUAACUUGUUUUUGAUUUGUUUGUUUCUCAGUCAGGAUUCAUUCCAACUCGAGCAGGAUUCAGUUUUUUUUUUCUUCUGAGCUAAAUCAGUUUGUUUCUCUCACCCUGUGAUUCCAACUCUCAGCGAGAUGUGAGACAGUGACGGCUCGAGAGGAGCUUUGGAGUUUUUACUUGAUGCUCCAUCUUCAAGAUUCCUUGUUUAUUGUUUGAGCAAAGCAAUCAGUCCAUAUUGGCCCCGUUUCCAUCAAAAGCCACGAGCGGCGACGGUCUGAUGUUUCUGCAACGUGAGCAGAGAUGUCACGUGACCUCAGGGUUUGAAAACGGAGAACUGUCCUUUUUCUGGUUCUCGCAAUGUUUGCUGACAAAGGAAAAAUCUUAACAUUUCCAAUAUCUCGUCCCCGUAAACACAUUUUCUGGGGGAUUUCAGUUGGGGCCAUGUGAGGUGAGGAAUAUACCGCAUUUACUGUUUCUGUUUCACAAUAAAACCCAAGGCUUGAUUUACCUUUUGAAGCUUUUAAAGGAGACGUAUGAUGCUGGUUCAGUGUUUCUUUUCUUUCUCUCCUUCCAGUGUUGUUGUCUGGGGUGAAAUGAGGAUCAAGGAAAGUGUUUUCUGAACAUUGUCAUCAUAAAAACCUUUUCUGGCAAUGAUUUAAAUUAAAAUAUGUCUCCCUUAAAUGAAAUAUGCAUUUUAAAUCUAACCCUAACUAUUGUAUCGACAGGUUGUUACAGAAAACAAAGAUGCUGAACAUAAAUAGCAUAAAACUAUAAGAUAUAAUCUCAUAAAAUUCUCUGAGCGGCUAUAAUUGAUAUUUUUAUGAUGACAAUGUGAAGACAAUGUAAAAAACAAAAGCGAUAGUGAUGAUGCUGCAGAGAUUCGCUCCUCUCACAGUUUAUGGAACUUCACAGCGAGUUUCAGCUCAUUGUUCGGCCGGAAAAUUUACUGUUCUGCUUCGUUCUCGCUGAAAAAUUCCUCUAGAAUAAAACCCCCUGCGCCCUGACACCAAGCCGACCCAGUCAGAGACUAACUGGGGAACACGGUGCCGUGUUGAGCAGCUGAACAGCCUCAGAUUAGAGGUCGUCUCUAUGUCAGAAGUCUCCCCCGGAAUAUAAAUUUGUUCCAUUAUCUUAAAUCACGCGCUCGUGCCCACCUGAAAGCACGAGUGUUCUUCAGUGGUUGUUUUCACCUCAAGGCCAAAGCAGGCACUCCAUUAAAAGCUGAAAACCUGCUUCUCUCUUCAGUUGUGUGUAACCUGGAGGUUGUGUGACUCUGCAACUUUCAUUUAAAGUUGCAGAAAAAAAAUAUUUGUACUUUUAAGAUUGUUCAAAUGUGUUUGAAAUUUUGUAGACAUAAUAUUUAAUGGGAAAAGUUAUAAAAUAAUUAUUAUUAUUAAAUGAUAUCAAGACAAAUGUAAAAAUAUAUAUCAACAAUAAUAGCAGCAUAAAAACAGGAGCAGAAAGAAAAUAUCCAUACUAACACGAACAACUAUGUACAGAGAACAAAUAAAGUUUUACAUUUACCCAAUUAUAUUUUUCAACUCUAUAUAUCAAAUAUGUAAUUAUUAAGAAAGCAUUUAUUGAAAAGUUGAUAUAGAUAAUGUGAAGAGUUUCAUCCCUACCUGUAAUUUCUGUUAUAGUGAAAUAUUUGUCACCUGGAACUCACAGACGUCAUCAAGUGAAAGAAAUCUCAACUAUUUAACAUUUACAGAUGUUAAAAUGCAGAUUUGUACUUUUCAAUAAACUUUAUAGCCUAUAGAUUCCAUAUAUGUAUAUAUCUCGGAUAAUAGUCAACAGAUUUACUUUACUUUAAACUCAUGAGACGAAUCAGCAACCGAGGGCAAUCAAACUUAAUUAUGUGAACAACCUUCACACUUGAGGGUGACGACAACAUUGAAACUACACAAACCCAGAACUCCCCUGCAGCACUGUGACAUUUUCCGAUUGAGUUCCGCUGUGAUGCACUCGUUUAUGUUUCAUUUAACCUCGCGGUCGUUCGUAAUUAUUUUUAGUUUUUCCAUCUUUAAGUGGACCACACAGCAGGUUAUUUAUUUUUCCACGACAGCAAACUGAGAAAUGAGCUCGGCGGUUAGCGCCUGUUGCCCGAGCGUAUAAGCCUCGACUGUUAUCUCCCGCCCGAAUGUAGAAUUACAGCGAUUAUCAGCGUUAUUACCGCUGAAAAAAUAUGGUCUGACGCGGAUAAUUUAAAGAUUGAAACCUAAAUGGGACUUUUUUUUUCAAUCAGCCUAUCUGAGCAUCCAGAAUUCACAACAUGUCAGCAGAGUUAAUUACCUCCACCGCUGCCUCCCAGCAGACUGUGGAAUAAUAGCAUCAAGGGAGGGAAUCAUCUUUUCCUUCUGUCGUUUUACUCUUUUUCUUUAUUUUCUUUUUCAGUACAGCAGAAUCUCUCUUCACCCCUCUCUCACUUUAAUUAGGCGUUUGCCCAAGAGACGGAGUUUUUUGUUGAAAGACGUCCGUGUUCUCGUUAUCCCACGGGCGCUCACCUUGCACUGAGUGUUUCCCGUUCUCUCAUUGAUUACAGUGCUCGCUCACCCACAUUUGACGACUUUAUUACAAUGGCGGCUGCCGCGUGUCCUUGAGAAUCCACUCGUUCAAAGAAGUUAAUUGAGCUCCAUGUUUGCUUGAUGUGAGGAUGCACUUUUUCAGGUGCUUGAUUUUACUGUAUUUAACGGAUGAGUCUUUUUCUGAAUUAAAAGAAAAAGGUUUAAUUUGCCCCUUUGAAGAAAAUGUUCCGUUUUAACAUAAGGAAAAUAUAUGCAUUUUAUUUUAUAAUAGGAAAAAUAUACAGAUAAAUAUUACUAUAAUUGGGCAUAUUUGUGAGUUCUGUACAUGCUUUUGUAAAUAAUUGUAAAAUGUCUUUCCUUAUCUCACAGCCAAUGUUUAAUCCUGUUUACAACUAUGAAAAUUAUGCAAAAACUAAAGAAGCUUAUCAAGAUGUCACAAAAUAUUAAAACUGAUUAGGUUUUCUAGACGGAAUACUCUUGUUUGUUUGGAGGAAGAUUCAUAGAAUAUAUAUAUUUGUCUAGUUUAAAGUAAUAUUUUUUAAUGUCAAAUUAUAAGUUGUGUGUGAAAACUUGUAUUUCGAUGUCUUUUGUUUGGGAGACAAUAUAUGUUUAUUAGAUGUGUAAUAUUUUUGUGUAUUUGUUUGUCCCUGAAUCAGGGUCUCCAUUGUCUCAGAUGAAAAUGUGACACUGUAAAACUUUUAAAACUUCCAUAGAUCCAUGCUACAUUUAUAUAAACCUGUUUACUUUAUAUAUCCUCUUCAAUGCCUCUUUUAAAUGAUCUGUUUUCCCAACUUUUAUCUCAAUUUAAAGCCUAACGAAGCAAAGUGUGUUUUCUUUUGUCAUAUUUUAAUAAAUAAACCAUGAACGCA